CAUUAUUGACAGUGAAAGCUGUCUUCCAGAACUAAGCUAACUUCACCUGUCUCGUUAUCGUAUCAGGCAUUUUGACAGAGAGAGGUGCUUCACAACUGAUGAAGAAAUGCUGGAAGAAGUCUAGGAAGCCAUCAGUGAGCAACGCCAGGCUACAAAAAAGAUCUCAUCAGUCUGUUCCUGUGAAUUCGUUAAGGACACAGAACUGCUGAGCAAUACCGUGCAGAGAUGCUGCAAUGUUGUGGAAAUCCUUCGGUGGCCAUUUCUAUUGGAAUUUCUCUAUUUUUACUCCUGGUGGUCUGCGGAAUUGGUUGUGUCUGGCACUGGAAACCCACAGGGUUUACCUUCCCCAAGUUUCUGCAAAGGAGAAGGAGCAAAAAAAAAGACCGUAAGAAAAUGUUUUCCUUGAGUCCCCACAUUGUGACUGCAUGGCAUAAAAUCUCAGGUGAAAUUCAAGACCACAAGUCUGCUGAUAGGAGAACCAACCCACACAAUAACUACGAAAAUGUGGAAGCAAGUUGUUCCAACCCAAAGAAAGAAACCGGCAAUCAACUCUAUGAAAAUACACGGCAGUGUGAUUUUGAGGAGCAUGUCUACAAAAAUGAGAACUUCCCUGAGUAUUAUAACUUCCAGAAGCCUGCUGCUUCCAAAGUAACUCAAGAGGAAGACAUAUACAUCCUCCCAGAUUAAUGUUAGCUUUUCAAAAUACUGAGUUGCAUUACUGGAAGAUAAAUAAUCCCUGGGACUUUUAUUGUACUGAUAUCAUUGUUAAUCAAGUUCUGAUGAAAUGCAGUGGUCUCUCUCUCCAUCUGGAAUCCAUUCUUUUAUCACUCUGGAUAAAUUCCAGAUAGUUUGUUUGCCCUUCUUGUCCCGCAUUAAGUCUUUAUUAUUUGGUACCGAGUCUAUUUUUCUACACGAGCCCAUGCUAUCUUUACUUCUCCCUGCUCUAAGUUUUUCUGGCUUACAGUUAUUGUCAUGGUUGGGCUUUCUAAAUUUAUACCCUGACACAUUUAUCCUCUGGAACUUUUUCCAGUGGGCACACAAUUCCUUUGUUUAAAAUUACUUAAUGCCCCAUCUUUGCAAAAGACAUAAUCGUCAUCAUCCCCAAAACACACGCUCUUCCACAGUUCAUUCCAAUCCAUUUGUCCAUUGACUUCUUACCACUCAGCAUCAGCUGCUCUACUUUGAUCAGAAUCCUCCCAAACCUGUCCUACCCUCUCCCCAACAGUCAUGCCCAUCUAUCUUGCUGCUAAAGCCUAACUCAGAUCCCAACUUCUCCACAGGCUUCUCUUUACUUUUCAUUUUUAUUUUUGAAAUUUAUCAUACAAUUCUGUACAAUCUGGGAUUCCCCUUCCCCCAUUUCCCAUCCCCCCCAAUUGAUUUUUCCCAUAAUGUCACACUCUUCAUAAGGAGUUACAGUUCCUUCAGUCUGCUCUUUCAGUGUGCCCUGACAAUGCUGGUACUGACAAUGUCAGACAGUCCGUCAUCCCAUUGUCUAGGUAUAUCCAACACUUUGGUUUGGAGUCCAUCUUUUGUUUGGAAGCAGAGAUGCAUGUUGCAUUGUGUCUUUGCUUCUGGAUAUGGUAGUCUCCAUUAUCUCACCACUACACAGUUCCAACUUGCAUUAUCUCCAAAGGCUUCUGAAUCAUUCCAAAACCACAUUUAACUUUAUUUUUAAUACUCAGGAAGUUUUACUACCUGUUUAAUUCUCUGAGUAUUUGAAUAUAUGAGUAUUUGCUAUGGCAUUUCAUAACUUAAAGUCAAAUGAAAAUAUUUCACACUUCAAGGUAAAUUGAGAGGAAGUGCAUCAUUCAUAUGGUUAGCCCCAGUAGCUGGAUCACCAUGUGAGGCACUGUAUAUAAUGCAUGUCCAGUUGGCAGGAAUUGAGUUGUACAUUUGCUAAGUAGUUUGAGACAAAUGCAAUAAAUACAUUCAUUUUUCAUCUACCCAAGGACUUUACUGAGUGUUUUCUACCUAUUUAUUAUUGUCAGCACAUGGAAAACAAGGAAGAAGUUGUUACACCACUAAAAAG